AUGAAGUCGAAGCGAAAUCACUCAGCGAACAUGAACACGAAAACAGUAAACAAACGUCUUUGUACUGAAUCCAAUGAAAUGCAUGAGAGUGGUGUGCAUGAUUUGAAUGAAGUUCUUAUUCAAAAAAACCAAUCCAAUACGGAUGCUGAUACACCAACUGACUUUUUGUUACGUAAUAAAUCGAAUGUCUGGAAUUAUGCACAUCGACAUCCAACCGAUUUGGGAUGGGCUAUCUGUGAUCUUUGUCCUUCUGCUCCUGCUCCAAAACGUAUAUCAAUAAAAGGAGGUGCAACUAGUACGCUACGCAAGCAUCUUAUCAAAGCUCACAAUAAAAUCGAUCUGUUGCUCGUAUCGUCCGAUGAUAAGGUAGCCCGAAAAUUACCGACGAUUGAACGCAAUAAACUGCAUCAGCUGUUGAUCAAUGCUGUUAUUGUAGACGGGCGUUGUUUCAGUGACUUCCGAAAGUCUGGAUUUUCUCGUUUUCUCGAGUAUACCGUUCCUGGAUACAAACCACCCCAUUCGAACACUGUUCGCCGUUGGAUAAAACAUUUGAGCACUAUUCAUCGUUCGAGUUUGUCCGAAAAACUACAGAAUGUGGAAUAUAUGUCGAUCACUUGUGAUUUCUGGUCGAAUCGAUCGUCAAAGUCGUUCUUGGUCAUGACCGGUCACUAUUUAUCAAAAUCCUUCGAACUAAACAGCACUGUUAUUGAUUUUUCACACUUCGAACAACGUCAUUUUUCGGACAACGUUGCGAAUGUUAUCUAUGAAAAACUUGAUCGUCUGAAUGUACUUGGUUCCGUGACAGCCGUCACAUGUGAUGGUGCCUCUAAUAUGAGGAAAGCGUUUGAAACACUCGGAACUCUGGAUCGUUUAUGGUGCUUAGGACAUCGUUUACAUUUGAUUGUGACAAAUGCUCUUGGUUUUUGGUUAAAAGACACGGAUCAACACGUUGAUGAAAUUAUCGAAGAUCGUACACCGACAAAUUCGAUGGAUGAUGAUAUUAACGCUGAUUCACAGGACAUAUUGGAUGAUGAGAGCGAUGAAAUGAACGUAAACGAUGACGAUGACGAAACAGAAAUGGAAGAUGCGCAAACAAAUAUGAUCGGUCAUGGUCCAGUAGACGACGGAUGGGCGGAAGACGUUAUGACCGAGGAUUUUUAUACGUCACCAGAUACAAGUUCGAUUGGUGCGCUCUUACGAAAAUGUCGCGCACUUGCUGCUAUGAUGAAAAGAUCAAGCCUAUUAUCAGCUUUCUUUGAGAAAGAAUGUUCAAAAGUCGGCGUUCAACGUUCACUAAGAGGUGAUGUCUGCACACGAUGGAAUUCCACACUCCAUAUGGUCGAAAGUUUCCUCUCACUCAAAACGGCACUCGGUAAAUUAUUCGAUGAAAAGCACGCAUUGGGAUUAUCACGUGCUCAAUCAACAAAAUUAUUUCGUUUGGAACUUUCGUCUUCAGAUUGGAAUCUGUUGAAGAUUUUAAGCCAAGUUCUUCAGCCGUUUGAUCUAGCCACAAAACUGCUGAGCGCUCAACGAUAUCCAACGAUUGGUCUGUGCCUUUUUGCUAUUCAUCACAUCAAGGCAUUUCUCGAGGACACAGAUGACGACGGUGAAUUAGAACAACGACUCAAGAGCCGCUUACUUGAUCAAAUCACAAAAUACAUUGACGACGAAAAAGAGCAAAUGCGUAUCUUGCGUGUAUACGGCUAUUUUGAUCCUAUGGGAUUUUCCGUAUUAAUCGAUCGGGAACGAACAACGGUGGAAAGAGAAAUAAAAAAAUUGUCAAGCGUUACUCUUGAUAAGAGCUUUGAUCAAUCUGCCGUCAGUGGGGAGUCAACUGUGGUACCCAACGCGACUCCAGAGCCCACUACGAUCAAUGCUUUCUUAAAAUCUGUCGGCCACGAGUCGAUCAAUACCAAAGGGAAGCGUGCAACACUUGUUGAAGAAAUUCGUAGUUACCGUCUUUUGGUUGCAAAGUUCAAGGACAUAAGUGUUGAUGAUUCUGCUGCCCUUCGAUUUUGGUCAACGCAUGCUGUUGAACUACCCUUGUUAUCAUCUUUCGCACGUCGCUUUCUGGCUACACCUGGUACAAGCGUGCCGUCCGAAGCGGCAUUUUCUGCAUCAAGUUUUAUCGGACGAAAAGAACGGUGUCGUUUAACAGCUGACAAUCUUGCUGCAACAGUAUUUCUCAAAGAUAAACUCGAAUAG